AAGAGAGUUAAGAUUUAAAAUGAUUAUGGGAAAGGCCAAAAGAAUUGUAAAUAUGUAAGUGCACUCAACUUUGUCUCAUUACACGUACAAGAAUCUUCUAUUUUAAGGAAGCUUUGAGAUCAAAGGAAAACAUAUUCUAGAAUAGAAACCACAAAGAGAGUCGUGACUCGUGAGAAAAACAGAAAGAAAAGGAUAAAAGACAAAGUUCGAGAAAGAUAGAACCUACGUAUUGAAGUUUUGUUGAGUCGGUUACACGAUGUGGAAAAGUUGCGUAUCAAAAAUGUCCCGUAAAAGAGACGUGGAGAGUGGAGAAAGAACCCUUUACCCUUCGAUGCUUGAGAAUCCUCAGUUAAGAUGGUCCUUCAUUCGUAAGGUAUACUCCAUCAUCACCUUUCAGUUGCUUCUCACCAUUGCUGCUGCCUCCGUCGUCGUUUUCGUUCCUCCCGUUGCGCAUUUCUUCGUCGGUUCCACACACGGCUUGAUUCUUUACAUCGUCCUUAUCUUUGUUCCCUUCAUAACAUUAUGUCCGCUUUAUUAUUAUCAACAGAAGCAUCCUCUUAAUUACUUCCUCCUCCUGAUUUUCACUGUCACUUUAGCUUUUCCCAUUGGGAUAACGUGUGCCUUUGUUAGCGGGAAAGUAAUUCUAGAAUCUGUGAUAUUGACGACUGCAGUGGUGUUCAGUUUAACUCUCUACACGUUUUGGGCUGCAAGAAGAGGUCAUGAUUUCAGUUUUUUGGGUCCGUUUCUGUUUGGAGCUUUGUUGGUUCUUGUGAUCUUUUCCUUCAUUCAGAUUCUGUUUCCUCUGGGAAAGGUGUCUCAUAUGGUUUAUGGAUGUCUUGCAUCUAUCAUAUUUUGUGGCUACAUAGUUUAUGACACAGACAACCUUAUCAAGAGGUUUUCCUAUGAUGACUACAUCUGGGCUUCGGUUUCGUUGUAUCUUGACAUAAUCAACCUCUUCCUCUCUUUACUUACUAUUUUUAGAGCUUCUAAUUAAAGAUAAUAAGAUGCAACAUUAUAUUAUAUUUUCCUUGCCUUUCAAUUUAGUUUUUUUUUUCUCAUUUCGCAAUUUUAUGAACUCAUAUGUAUUGACGGAUGAUCGAGUUAAUGAAUGUCCAUUUGAGUACUUAA